CCGCUUUAGAGUGAGCGUGGAAUAUACAAAUUGAGGGGUAUGUUUAUCUCCUGAUAGCCUUUUUUCGCUCCGUGACUGGCUUCCUCACGAAGGAGACGCGUUCAGUUUCGGUGCGGUUUUCCGGCGAUCGACGGCGAUUUCGUGGAUCUGCUUCUGCGGUGCACCUAAAGACGCAGUGGAGAUUGGAGUUGACUGUUCUUGGUUUUCUGUAGAAGCGGCGCAGGAAGACUGGUGGGGAGGGCGUUGCUUUUUGCGGGAGGAUUUCUGGCGGAGAAUGUGUGACAACCGAAGAUGACGAAGAAGAGGAAGCUCGUUCUAGCCUUGCUCUGCGUCACAGUUCUCUCUCCUAUUGUUCUCUACACGGAUCGGCUCUCCUUGGUCUCGAAUCCUAGCUCGAAUAUCGAGGUCAGUGACGAGGGUUCUAAUCUGAGAUUUGGGACGAGCGAGGCUGAGCCUGGGGAACUACUACAUGCACUUUCGCAGGAGUUGACGGAUCCUGUAAAAGAGCCAAUAGGCGUUGUGUAUUUUGAUAAUUCAAACAGUUCUAAUCAGGUUUCAGCAACUCCGGAAGAUGGAUUGAUUUCACCGAAGGUUGAAGGUAGAUCUUCCUUGAUACGCGAAAAAAAAAUGCCAUUGACGAAGUCUGAGGAGCACAAGAGCAGGGUUCUGUCCGCUGCUAUUGAUGGGGGUUUACCAGAGACCGAGCCUGUUAUCAAGGAAGUUACUGAUGGGGCAAUUGAGAAAAUAGAUGCUUUUGUAAAAGUUGACGCUGAGAAACCUGAAUCAGUGGAAGACAGCAAGGUGAACAAGGGCAAGGAUUCGGCUAUCAUGCCUACCUCCAUUUCUCAGAUAGAGCAAAGGAAAUCUGAAAACAAUGGUCAGCAGACUCCUGACAGGAUCGAUGUACCAGAACACCAGACGGUUCCUAGUGAGCAAAAGAGCAUCAGCACACCAAUUCCAGAUGCUAGGGUCAGGCAACUCAAAGAUCAAUUGAUUCGUGCAAAGGUCUAUCUUGGAAUUGGGUCAAUUCGAUCCAAUCCUCACUACGUAAGGGAGUUGCGCCUGCGAAUAAAGGAAAUUCAGCGUACACUUGGAGAAGCAACAAAGGAUUCACAUUUAGCAAAGCACUCAUAUGAUAAACUUAAAGCAAUGGAGCUAACUUUGGCAAAGGGCAAUCAAAUUCUAGAUGAUUGUUCUUCUAUCGCAAAAAAACUCCGCGCCAUGAUUCAUUCCAGUGAGGAACAGUUGCGAGUUCAUAAGAAACAAGCAUUGUUUCUUACACAACUUGCUGCUAAAACCAUCCCUAAAGGUCUACACUGUCUUCCUCUAAGGCUUUCCAAUGAAUAUUUCUCUUUGAACUCCAGUCAGCAGCAAUUUGCAAACCAAGAAAAGCUCGACGAUCCUGGUCUCCAUCACUAUGCUGUAUUUUCAGACAAUGUGUUGGCUACUGCAGUGGUGGUGAACUCCACGAUAUCAAAUGCUAAGAACCCUGCAGAGCAUGUUUUCCACAUUGUGACUGACAGACUGAACUACGCAGCAAUAAGGAUGUGGUUUUUAGCUAACCCACCAGGAAAAGCCACGAUUCAAGUCCAGUACAUUGAGGAGUUUACAUGGCUAAAUGAGAGCUAUAGUCCGGUAUUGAAGCAACUUAGAUCUCGGUCCAUGAUUGACUUUUACUUUAGGACUCAUCAUGGAUCUUCAAACUCUGACGCAAAUCUGAAGUAUAGAAAUCCAAAGUACCUAUCCAUCUUGAAUCAUCUGAGAUUUUACCUUCCUGAGAUCUUUCCAAAGCUCAGCAAAGUGGUGUUUCUGGAUGAUGAUGUGGUUGUACAGAAGGACCUCACUGGCCUUUGGAAGAUCAAUAUGAAUGGGAAGGUCAAUGGUGCAAUCGAGACUUGUGGCGAAAGCUUUCACCGCUUUGAUAGAUAUCUCAAUUUCUCAAACCCACUUAUCGCCAAGAACUUCAAUCCUCGUGCCUGUGGUUGGGCAUACGGAAUGAAUGUGUUUGAUUUGGAUGAAUGGAGGAAGCAGCAGAUCACAGGAGUCUAUCACUAUUGGCAAAAUAUGAAUGUAGAUAGGCAGCUAUGGAAAUUGGGAAGUCUUCCUCCUGGUUUGUUAACCUUCUACAACCGCACACUCCCUAUCGAUCACUGGUGGCACACUUUGGGCCUCGGCUACAACCCUCAGGUUGACCAGAAGGAGAUCGAGAAGGCAGCGGUCAUCCACUACAAUGGAAACAUGAAGCCUUGGUUGGAUAUCGGCAUCUCUCAAUAUCGCCGUUAUUGGUCCAAGUACUUAGACUAUGAUCAUCCCAUCCUACGGGACUGCAACAUCACUCCUUAAAAGAGUGCCCCUCAUGCUUAAAUGUGUUGCUCCUUAGCAACAUCGAAGUAAUCUCUUCAGCUAAUUUUGGCCAGUUUUUUUUCGAGAACCUCUAAUUCAUUUGUAGCUUGUAGUUUCUUAUUCUCAUGGGGGACUGAUUUUCUGCACAAAUCAGGUCUACUGUACAUGUAGGAUUUAUUUAUUUAUUUCCCCUUUUGUUUUAAGCUUAUGGCUUUAUAUUCAGGUGUUGUAGCUUUUCCAUGGAAAAUUAUUGCAAAAUCUAUUGUAUCUUUUCCUGUU